AUGAUGCCCCAGAAUCACGACACCCUCGCAACCUCUAACGACGCUCGAAACGGCCCAAUGGGCGUCUCUGACUCUCCUGUACACAACGCUCUGCCACUGACCGACGAGAUAUCUGGCACAGGCGAGCAAUCCGUUCCAUACAGCAUAUAUACGGCUAGAGAGAAGUGGAUUAUCGUGUUUUUGAUUGCAUUUGGUGGAUUAUUCAGUCCACUGUCCGCGAAUAUCUACUUCCCUGUCAUCCCGACCAUUGCCCUAGCAUUUCGCAAAACGACGGAGCUGAUCAAUCUCACGGUGACGACGUACAUCAUCUUUCAAGGAUUGGCUCCUAUGUUUUGGGGCACGCUUGCAGACUCAUUUGGCCGAAGACCGAUGUUCAUCGCAUGUCUCAUCCUUCUCGCGGUAUCAUGUGUUGGCCUUGCGCUCGUUCCAACCAACGCGUAUUGGCUGCUGAUGGUCUUGCGUUGCGUUCAAGCUGCCGGAUCUGCAAGCACUAUUGCACUGGGCGCGGGCGUCAUUGGGGAUAUCUCCGAACCGGCAGAACGUGGGGGUUUCUUCGGCUUGUACAAUAUCGGACCCAUGGCUGGGCCAUCGUUGGGUCCGGUUAUUGGCGGGCUGCUAGCGGGGAGCUUGGGCUGGAGGUCCAUAUUCUGGUUUCUCGUGAUAACUUCCUCUGGAUGUGCUUUGGUUCUUCUCCUCCUACUCCCUGAAACCCUGCGUUCCAUAGUCGGAAACGGCAGUAUCCCCCCGUCGAAUCCCCUUUUCUCGCGCCCAGUCCUACCGCUGCUUGGUAGCUCAAAAUCUCGUCUAGACUCAGCCGGAAAGGCUUUAUCCCGGAAGCCAUUCGAAAACCCGCUGAGGAUUCUUUCUAAUCUUGACAUCCUGUUUCUGCUCCUGUUCACCGGUAUCAUCUGCGCUGUGUUCUACGGGGUGACUGCAUCGAUAUCGACCAUAUUCAAGGAGACCUAUACGGAUUUGACCGAGACUCAGCUGGGGCUAUGCUAUCUCUCGAUCGGUGGAGGGAUGCUCAUCGGAUCAGUUACCGCCGGGAGGCUACUGGACUGGGACUAUCGGCGAGUCCAGAACGCAGAACUCGGUGACGUAGAAAAGCUAUCGAGGGAUAUGGACUCUUUCCCGGUUGAAAAGGCACGAAUGCGACUCAUGCCUGCGCUGUUGUGCGACAGCGACGUUUCGGGCUUGCCGAAGUGGCUUGGGCCCGCGCCAAGUGGCUUUUUUUGGCUUGUGAUGGGAUUUGGCCUGUGAGUGAUGCCAUCAGGCUUGCAAGCCAAAAUGCCGGCUUGCCAAGCCAACAUUUUGGCUUGUGUCCGGCGAAAUAAAAUAUGAUUAUUUCUAUAUCCUAGUACUUUCGCGGCUCCACAAGUGCUUUCGGGUGUUCGUUAGAGAUACCUAAGGUCUAUGGUCACAUGAACGAGCUACGGUUUGCCGCAAAAUCUCAACUUGGGUCGCCACGGCGCUGUAGAAGUUCAAACUUCAACUACAAGCCGGUGGGCUUUUUUGCUGAAUCAAGUCAGAGACUAUCUCUACCGUCGAAUUAUUCACAGUAGCGGUGAGCAAUACUGUGUAAAUUCUGAGUCGCGACUAAUUUGUCUCCGAGCCCUGCACCACGGCCGAGCAGCUGCC